AUGCAGAAGGAGGAGAGCGAUGGCCAUAACACCCAGGGGUAUUACUCGGUGGCUUUGCCCGACGGCCGUGUCCAGCACGUGAAGUACGUCGCCGACAACUACGGCGGCUACAACGCUGAGGUCACCUACGAGGGAGAGGCCCAGUACCCCGAAUACCACCCCGCCCCUGCCUACAAGGCCGCUGCCCAUGCUUACAAGGCUGCCGCCCCUGCCUACAAUGCUGCCGCCCCGGCCUACAGGGCUGCCGCCCCGGCCUACAAGGCUUCUGCCCCUGCCUACAAGGCUGUCGUUCCUGCCUACAGGGCUGCUGGUCCUGCCUACAAGGCUGCCGCUCCGGCCUACAAGGCUGCCGGCCCUGCCUACAAGGCUGCCGGCCCUGCCUACAAGGCUGCCGCUCCGGCCUACAAGGCUGCCGGCCCUGCCUACAGGGCUGCCGGGCCUACUUACAAGGCUGCCGGCAGAAAUUGGUGA